GGCUUGGCUGGACACCAUAACAGUCGCGAUCCUACGCAUCAUCCCGCUUUCCUGUGCUGUUCCGGGUGAUAGCUGCUGGUCGUUGUGGGCCGGCCUUCACUAUCUUCCCCUUGACACCCUCUGCCUCUCUCUCAAUCCCUCAUCUCCGUCUCCUAUCCCGGCCGAGUUCCCUCACGGUCUCAUGCCCCGCCGGUCCUAAGCGCCAGCGCUACGCCCAGAUCUAGACGAUCCUCGCCAGUGCACGACCGCCGCGAGCUGAAUCCAGCUGUUGAUAGCCUCACGGACCUCCAGGCUGGAUCCGGUCAGCAAUUGACAAUAUUUAAUUCCCCCCUCCCGUGUCGUUUUUCGCAGAAGGGCCGGAAAGCCAAGCUACUGGGUCAAGAUGUCGCUCUCCCCAGAUAACCGCGAUCAAUACAUCCCGAUCAUUGAUUCGAUCCUGUCCAAGAGUGACCUGAACACGAUCUCUACCAAGCGCAUUCGCAAAGGUCUUGAGGAUGAAAUCGGCUAUGACCUUACCCCGCAGAAGGCUGCGAUCAAGCAGCUCAUCAUGGAGCGGUUCGACAUUUUUGCGGAGAAAGGGGGCGAAGAAGCCACACCCGAGACAGCCGCGACAACUACAACCUCCACCAAUGGCCACGGGCAAGAUCAUGAUUCGGUAACCCCUGUAGAGCCAUUGUCUCCUGCCCAAUCUUCGGUGUCCCAGAAACGCCAAGCCGACAGUGAAGAACACUCCGACACGUCGACCAAGACCCCUCCCGCCAAGAAGCCAAAGCCCGACAACGACAUCGAUGCAGAUGCUUUGUUUGCUGCCAGACUGCAGGCCGAGGAGAAUAUGCGUGCUCGCCAGACCCGUGGGGCUAGUACUCGCAGGUCCCAGCCGGUGAAGAAGAAGCAGCCCACCAAAGCGAAGACAUCGAAGAAAGUCAAAGCCGAGGACGAUUCGGACCUUGAGUCGGGCUCGGAAUCCGGGAAGAAGGUGAACCGAUCGGGCGGUUUCCAUAAACCUCUUACUCUCUCCCCGGCACUUUCGGCUUUGUUGGAUGGCGAGGUGACGCUCUCACGGCCUCAGACCGUCAAAAGGCUUUGGCAAUACAUCCACGAGCAUGAUCUCCAGGACCCCAGUGACCGGCGUCAGAUUCGCUGCGACGAUGCAAUGCGAGCUGUGUUCAAGCAAGAUCGGAUACACAUGUUUACGAUGACCAAGAUUCUAAGCCAGAAUUUGUACAGUCCCGAUGAAUAACUUGGGUAUCUAGAAGCGAUUUUUAGCCUUCAGGACAAGGCAGUCGCAGCGACUUGGUUGCUGCUUUACGAUUCUCCGAUUUCUACUCAUUACACAGCAUUUGGAACCCAGGCGCUAUUGUCUUUCUUUUCAUUCCAUCAUUAUCUAUUUUUACCCAUAUUGGUGACCCUGCACUUAUUGCUACUCUCAUUGGCGAAAUGACUGCCCUAUCUUUCCUUGUGUUGACCUGCUUUUCUCUCCAGCGGGAGUUGGUGCUGCCCUGUGAACAGGCGCGAUGAAUCUUGUUACCUAGAGAUCGUAUUGAUUAUCGAGUUCGACCCAUACAGGCAUCGUGUCAUUGCAUGAUGCAAUUCUGUCAUGGCGCGG